AUGCUCCUCCGCGCCGUCGGCGAUCUCCCCGCAAUCAUCUGGGAGGUCCUGGCCGCCAUCGCCUGGGAAGGGUGGGUCUCCAUCACGAACCAGCUCCGUCUCCUCAUGGCGACCUACCCGCUCAUGGCCCUCCUCUUCUUCUUCUUCUCCACCACCAGCGGACCUCUCGACAUCACCGUCCUCGUCGGCACCUGCUGCGUCGCCUACCUCUACGCCUCGUUCCUGUACUACUUCCGGCUGCGGGACCGGCUGCCCUGGGCGUGCCUCGUCGCGACGCUCCUCUGGUUCGACGGCCCCGACAGGCAGCUCAUGCGCCGCGGGGCGGUCGCGGUAUUCAUGUUGGCGCGGGACGACGACUGGGGCGUUGUGGUGGACAAGAGGGUACGGGGCCAGACGCUGCCGUGGGGCCAGGACGGGAGCGGGUUCGCAUUUUUGUAUAAUUUUGAGGGGCGCGAGCUGUUGAGGGAGGUGGCGCUGUAUUGGGUCAAUACGCUCUGCUCGUCGUUUGGGCGACACCGGGUGCCUGAUGAUUUUACGCUGCGGACGUCCAUCAGGGUUUUGGACGUGCUGGUAUUGCCGCUUCUCGGGUUGGUGGACUGGGCUUGGCGGUAUCGGCAGGCUCGGAGACGGAUGGGACUUGAGAUGGAGAGAAGGAUGGUGUUGCAGGAAGGGAACUGA